AUGGUGUCCCCUCCCUGCGGCCUGCUAACCCGCCAGAAGGAGCCAGUGCCCCUGAAGAGCAUUUCGGUGACCUUGUCCAUUCGUGACUUUGUGGCCGGUGUGUCCGCCACCCUGAACUAUGAGAAUGAGCAGGCAGUCCCGUUGGAGGUCUUCUUUGUUUUCCCCAUGGACGAAGACUCGGCUGUCCACAGCUUCGAGGCCCUGGUGGAUGGGAAGAAAAUCGUGGCAGAAUUGAAGGAGAAGUCGGAGGCCCGCACCAAUUAUGAGGAUGCCAUCAGCCAGGGCCACCAAGCCUUCUUGUUGGAGGAGGAUGAUGAGGUUGGCGACACCUUCUCUUGCAAUGUGGGGAACCUGGCCCCCGGGGCGAAGGCAGCACUCACCCUGAAGUACGUGCAGGAGCUGCCUCUAGAGGCCGACGGGGCCCUGCGCUACGUGCUCCCCGCUAUCCUGAACCCUCGGUACAAGCUCUCUGGAGAAGGUGUGGGCGGCGGCCUUCAAGUAAAAACUCCUCCCAUCCCCGCGAAGGACGUGCCCUACACGCUCAGCCUGGCUGCCACCGUCAGCUCCCAGCAUGGCAUCAAGAGCGUCCAAUGCAACUGCCCCGUGGGUCCCAUCCAGUACCUUGACGACAAGACGUCUGCUCAGAUCUCCUUGGCUGAUGGACACAAGUUUGAUCGGGAUGUGGAGCUGCUGGUUUACUACAAUGAGGUGCACACCCCCAGCGUGGCUGUGGAGAUGGGGGCACCCGCAGCCAAGGCUGAUUCUUUGAUGGGAGAUCCAUCCGCGAUGGUGAGUUUCUACCCAAACAUCCCAGAGGCCCAGUCACCAACUGCAUGUGGAGAAUUUGUCUUCCUCAUGGACCGCUCCGGAAGUAUGCAUUGUCCCAUGAAUCAUCAGGAUCCAUCUCGGCUGCGCAUAGGGGCGGCCAAGGAAACACUGAUUUGGCUGCUGAAGAGUUUGCCUAUGGGCUGUUAUUUCAACAUCUAUGGAUUUGGAUCUACCUUUGAGGCCUUCUUUCCGGAGAGCGUGAAGUACACUCAGGAGACCAUGGAGGAGGCGCUGAAGAGAGUUAAGAGCAUGGACGCCAACCUCGGGGGCACAGAAAUCUUGGCACCACUCAAGGCCAUUUACAGUAAAGCUCCCAUCCCAGGCCACCCUCUCCAGCUUUUUGUGUUCACAGAUGGAGAAGUGAGCGACACAUUCAGUGUCGUUGGAGAAGUGAAAAGAAAUGGGCAGAGGCACAGGUGUUUCUCAUUUGGAAUUGGAGAAGGGGCCUCCACCAGCCUCAUAAAGGGCAUUGCCCGGGCUUCGGGGGGUGCGGCAGAAUUUAUCACAGGCAACGAGAGGAUGCAGUCGAAGGCUCUCAGGGCCCUGAAGCGCUCUCUGCAGCCUGUGGUAGAGGAUGUUUCCCUGAGCUGGGAUUUGCCUGCCGGUCUGUCUGCUAAAUUGCUUUCCCCAGAGCCAACUGUCAUCUUCCAGGGUCAAAGGCUAAUCGUCUAUGCCCAGUUGACUGGGACCAUGCCGCCAGCAGAGGCAACGGGAAAAGUUUGCCUCAAGUACACCCUCCAGGGCAAGCAGUUUGAGAACCCAGUGGCGUUUUCUCUACAGCCCAAGUCGGAUGCCAACCUCACCAUUCAUCGCCUUGCUGCCAAGUCUUUCAUCCAGACCAAGGACGUGGGCUUCCAUGAGACUCCAGCAAAUGAUAAGAAAGACGUCUUGAAGAUAAGCCUGGAGUGUGGCGUCAUAAGCUCCCACACGGCUUUCAUCGCCAUCAACAAGGACCUCAACAAGCCGGUCCAAGGACCCCUGACUCGCAGUGACGUUCCAAGUCCAAUGCUAUUUGCUCAAAGUGCGGCAUUUGGUUCUCCUAGGAUGAUGAUGUGUAGUGCACCUGCUCCUCCGAUGCCUGGUAAUUCUCUUCGGAGGUUCGGUGCUUCUCUUCCAAACCCACUGAGCAGCCUUAAAGGUGGACUAAAACUAGCCAAACACCGAAGUGGUGGGUCUAGAGCAAUGCAAGUCCAGCUUUCGGGGGAGCAAAUUGAUGUUGACAGGGACAUGUCAAUGGAAUAUUCUUCCACCGACGUGACCGACUUGGAAACUAACCAUACAGAUGAUCCUCUCGUACAGCUGAUUUCCCUCCAGAAGGCAGAUGGUUCCUGGGAUCUGAAUGAAGGUCUGGCCGCGGCCCUUGGUAUGAGCUUGGGAGAUAUACAGGCUGCACUCCCUGUCAAGAGCGCGGAUUCCUCAGGCUGGGCCACUGUCCUGGCAGUGACCUGGCUGCAUGACAAGCAUAAGGACAAGAAAGGCGAGUGGGAACUUCUGGAAAGGAAAGCUGUGGCCUGGAUUCACAGCCAUGCAGGCUCCUCCAAGGAUGGGCUGGUGAAAGCUGCCGUGGACUUUCUGAAGUCAUCGGUGGAUCCUGCCGUUUUCGCCCCCUGA